AUGGUCACGUCUCUACGCGUCAGGGCUUUAAUGCUCUUCUUUCUCUUGUAUACUAAUAUUUCAUCCUUCACUGCCACUUUUACCUCUGACGCACUGCGCGCGCAGCAUAACGCGAUGAUUUCAUCUUCACCUGCAGUAAAGAGGCGAAGCGACAUCUGCAACGAAGAAAAUCAUCUGGGCUUGGUGGCGGGAAUAAUAAAUGCUACUAUCACGGGUUUCCUGACCAUCUACUCCGGGAUUACUUCAAGCUCGACGGGCGAGUCAGAGGGAGGAGCCGAUGUAGAUGAAGAAACAGAAGGUAGUGUUCACUUGGAGACCUCUCUCUGUUCCAGACAGUACCAAGUAGAUCCAGCAGCGUUAUUCGUGGCGGCUUGCAAGCAAUCUAAAAGAAGAGAUGCAAGCUUAACAGUAAUUCACAAUGGUACAAAACGAGUUAAGGCUCGUGGUGACAUACGUUAUUUGCUAGGGAUUCUCUGCAUGAUAAUUCCUGGUAAAGAUACGACAAGUCUUACUGCUUGGUAUGGGUAUAUACAGCAGAUGGCAUACCUCAAGUUCUCAAAGCCAUGUUCAAACCGUGGUGUCAUGGUCAUGCGAAUGGGGAAGGGACUCGUCGUGGGUUCCCGUCCAGUCCAACCAAGCUCGCAAAUUGCAAAAGUGAAUGGGCGGGGUCUCGAUAUCACAAAGACACAAGGGACGAAAAUAGUAGGUAAACCAUUUAUGUUUGUUCCCUGA